GAAAAGCCACCGCGAUGAAGGGCCGAUGGCUCUCUGACUUUCUUCCGACUCUUCCUCGACCCACCCUGUCACUCAGCUUUAACAACCUGAGCAGCAUACAUAAUUUCUGGCUAGAUAGCAGCCGGAAGCUACGCGCCCUGGUGCAUUUUUGCUACCCGUUUUGAGAGCUGAGCCCCCCGAACGAAAAGACGAAUCCACGCGUUCUUCGACUGGCAAUUACUUGUUAGAGCGCGACAUCUUCGUGCAGAAGUGGACUUCGGCGGGCCUUCCGCUCGAGCCAUGUGCUGCUCGCAAGGCGGAGCACACUGGUCCGAGGACGAACUCCGUUGAGCGCAUAGCAGCUCUGGUGUGGAUCAUUAGGACAGGCAGCCUAUGGCAGGCCCUGAACGCUGGCGCUGACAAACCUUGACUUGAUAUAGAAAUGUCGACGCAGUUGCCAGACAGAGCUUCUCAUGUGUUCUUUUUGAGGGCUUUGGCGGAUGAACGAAUCCCCGGAGCGAUCAGUGGCACCCUAGGUGACCUCACCACUGCGCAGGUGGUCAAGGACUACAUUAAGCCGGCUACAGCACGGAAGAAGACAAACUAUGUGGACUGCCUACGCCAAGGCUGGCUGGACCCUCGCUAUGCACCCAGGUGCUGCCAGCAGGGCGGGGUGAUGCAGGACCGCCCCGGGAGCCCAGCCGCCUUCGGGCACGUCACGCACUUCGCCAGCUACUCAUGGACGUACAAGUUCGGCGAGCUGGUGGGGCUGCUGGAGGGCCACUACGCGGGGCUAGCGGAGACCAAGUCCGGCCGCCUGUUCGUGCCAGUGUACUACUGGGUUGACAUCCUGGCGGUGACGCAGCACUUCACGGGAGACUUCAAGGAUCACCCCGACUCCGACUUCCCAGGUGUGAUCAAGGACAGCACCAGUGUGCUGUUCACGAUGCACCCAUGGCGCAGCCCCGUGGCGCCAACACGCGUGUGGUGCCUGUUUGAGGCGCUCACAGCGCUGCAGUCGGGUGUCUCCCUAGAUGUGGUGUUGGAUAUGGGCGCCAGUCGGGACGUCAGCACGCGCUCGCUCAUGACCAUUGUCAGCUCCAUCGACGUGCGCGCAUCGCAGGCAACUGUGCCGGCGGACCGCAUCUACCUGCUGGGCUGCAUUGAGGCGGGGCCGGGCGCCAGCGCCUUCAACAACGUGAUGCGCAAGGCGCUGAUGGCCAAUCUGCUCAAGGCCAUGGCCAACAAGUGCACCGAGAUGGAGGACAUGCGGGGGCUGGCGGAGCUCAUGAAGCUGGGCGCGUGCCGGCGGCCGGACGGUGUGCUGGACGUGCCCGCCUCACUGCCGUACGCCAGCACCACCGACGUGGUGUCGCUGCUGGACGGGCUCACUGCGGCCACUUGCCCGCGGGGCCUAGUGCUGGCGGGUUACCUGCACUGCCUGCUUGACUUUCCCGAGGAGGACCCGGAGACCGGUGCCUGGUCCGUCAUGGAGCAUGGCAGCGGCGGCCGCGGUGGCGGCGCAGGUGGAAGCGCUGGCGGCGGCGGGCGUGAGGCGUGGAACUACAUGCCCGUCAGUGACGCGGUGGCGGGCGCCGUGGGGCGGCUGCUGCAGCGGCAGCCCUCCACCGCGCACCGCGGCUCCUAUGAGGAGGGCAGCAACGUGCUGGGAGGCCUGCUCAGCAUGGCAGCCACAGCCGCGGCGGCGGCAUCCGCGGGACACAAUAGCGGCGGCUCCGCCGCCGCCGUGCUGGCGGCGGCGGCCGCCGCCGGCAAUGCUGCUGCCGCUGGCGGCAGUGGUAGCUACAGCGACAUCAGCACCAUGGGCACGGGGCUGCGGGAGCUGUACCUGUCGCUGCGGGAGGCCAAGCACACGGGCAAGAUGGUGGCAGCGGGCUCGCAGGCAUCGCCCUCGCGCUCCUCGCGUGCCGGCUCCGGCGGCAGCCCCGUCACCAGCACCAGCUCGCCGCAUGGGUCGUUCCGGGCGCCGGUCGCGGGGCGUCGGGCGGGUUCCAUCACGGGUGCCAAGAUGCUCGCGACUGCCAACAGCCUGGCGAACCUUGCAGUGGACGGUGGCGGUGGCGGCGGCGGCAUGAGCCGGCCCACAGAAGUGGAUGCGGGUGUGGCGGGGCGAGAGGAGCUGUGGUACGGGCUGAGUCUGCGCACGCCGCUGCAGCUGCUGUGCCUGCACCGCUCCAGCCUGACGUUGCGGGACGCCGCUCGGCUCAAGGAGGCGUUGGAGCACAACACCACCUUGCGGACGCUGCAGAUCAUCGAGCCCGAACUGGACGAGGACGGGCGCCCUGGACCGCGGCGGCCCUGGCGCACACGCACCGUGUACGACGGCUAUGCACGCGAGUGCGGCCGCGCCACCCCGCAUGCCGCGGGCGGGCAUGGGCUGCACCUGGCGAGCGGCAUCCACGAGGAUACGCCGGUGGGCGAGCUGAUUGGGGCGCUGCUGGAGGCGGCCUUGGCCAGCAGCAGCCUACAGCGCAUUGCCAUCAUCGCGCCACGCACCUGCCUCAUUGAGAACCUUGCAGGACUGCCCGGCGGCAGCGGCAGCGCCGUGGUCAGUGCCAGGGAUGCCAACGGUGCUGGUAGUGCUGGCGCGGUUGGGGCAACGGGCAACAGCGCCCCGCUGCUGCCCCUGGCGGCCUCACUGCUGGGUGCCGGUGUGGGAUCGCCAAAGGGGGCUGGCAGUGGCGGCAGCUACAGCGGCGGUUGCAGCGUAUUUGGGGGCGGGCCGCCUCCGGAGCGGGGCGGGAGUAGCAUUGGCGGUGGGCUGCAGGGCGGCUUGGGCAGCGGCAACAGCCUGUCGGGGUGGUUGGCGGGCAACAGCGACAGCUACCUGCCCAACGCGGCCAGUGUGGGCAGCGCCAGCACGCACUGGGGCGCCAGUGGCGGGCCGGGCUCGGCAGUGCGCGAGCUGGUGGUCUCGCCUGUUACUCUGUCACCAAAGGCCACGGAGCAGCUGGCGACUGCGCUGGCAGCGCUGCCUAUGCUCAGCGGUGGCGCGGUGGACGCGCGCAAGGUGCCGCCGCGCGGCUGGCCAGGCAUGACAGCCCCGCGGGACGGCGACUGGUGGUACGUGGGUGACCGGCUCUGCUACAGGUACCCAGACGGCUGGGAGCCGCGCCCGGUGGUGGGCGGUAUGCAGUGGGUGCUGGAUGCGGCGGGCGUGAGGCGGCGCUACGCGGGCCAGCAGCGGCAGCGGGUAGUGGUAGCGCGGCGGCACGUGGACAAGGAGCGCGCGGGGCGGUGCCAGUACCAGCCGCCGGUGGGGUUGGAGGCACUCAUGCCGGACCUGCACACCGUGCUGGAGGUCCUGGACAAGGACCCGGAGGGCCGUACACCGGGGCCCCGCGCCGCCGCGCUGCGCCACUGGCUGGUUGCGGCGGCGGGGCCGGCCGCCGUGCCGCCGCCGCCGCGGGGCGUGGAAUACCCCAUGGGCGGUGACGACGUGGAGCUGGGAGUGCUGGAGGCGCUGGAGGAGGCGGCGGCCGAGUACCGGGGAAUGGCGGAGACAGCGCUGCAGGAGGCGCCGCGCAAGUACUGGGACCGGGUGGCGAACAGCAACCUCAUCCCCACCACACGGCUUGGGCAGGCAGGCCGCCGGUGACAGAGUCAGGACUUUGCUCGGCAUGUUGGUUAUAGUGCCAAGCUGGUGCUACGCAGGUAAACAGCGCACUGAGAUAGGUGCGGUGAACGAGGUAAGGUUCGUGCGAGGUCGGAGGAUGUGGUGUAGAACACCACGAAUGAGAACUCAUGGACAACCUCUGGUCAGCCUGGUAGGCAAGAUCUUGGCAAGGGGAAUCGGCUGAAGGUCUUGGUUAUGGCUGGGUUGGUUGCAGGGCUCAUUGGCUCCUGCAUUGCAGGCUCCAGAGUUGCGGUGAACAAUUUAGGUGCUGGUUUAACAUUACGGCAGCACUGUUAGUAGCGCUGGCCGCUGGGCUGGUUUAAGGCACGGACAGGGCACCAAACGGAAUGCGUGUACGCAACGAUAAGAUUGAACGAAGGCACGUGCGCGCUGGCAAACCUAGACGACAAAAGAUAUUCCUUUUGGCGAUUUUGGAGCCAACGUUGGAUGGUCACAUAGUUAAAUACUUCCGCGCGCGUCAGGACCCAUGCUUUUACACCAACCCUGGUUAACUUUUUGUUCCAUUCAUGUGACACAUCGACCGUACGUGCGUGUACGACUGGUUCUCCCUUGUUUGCUUACUUUUGCGUGUGGCGUCAAUCGAUGAGGUCUUGGUUGCAUGCGCGUGACAUGUUGUUGACAUUCAGACAGGCGAGGUAGGUGGGGUAGGCGCAGUUGCCAGGUGGAACAGUGGGCGCCUUGGAAUGGCUAUGUGGAACAAAGGUCGGCGGAACAAGAUACUGACUUCGGUGGCUGGCAUACGUGACGGCAAGGAACGGAUGUAUAUAAUGUACAAGGGGGGCACAGGUUUACAACCGCUGGUGCGUGCGUCGCCCGCAUGAAAUCAAGCGCAUUGUGCAUACCAGGCAGUGCGCUGCAUAUACAAUAGUGUGCGCAUGCCUGUGUGUGUCACUUCUGAACUGCUUAAGGUUAAUCGGUGAAGUUAAUUGUAGAGCUGGGUGCGGGGGUGCUCACUGGAGAGUCCCUGUUACCGAGGGAUUGUCGCGGCGACGGAGUCUGGGGUGCCCCAGGGUGCCCUCAGGCUGGCGUUGGCCAACACGGCGCGCGUGCUUGGGAUUACCGUACCAGGCAAGUCUCGGUUGCAUGGCGCCAUCACCGCGGCGCUUACGGUAGCAACACUGUACAGUGAAAGCCAGCAGAACCUGUAAAAUUCGUGAUGAGAUGGAAUGGUGCACAGAUCGCGCUUGUGUACGUACGGUGUGCGAUGGCUGAUCGAACGCCGGAGUUACUGUACCGACAAGUUGCUGGCUGGCUGUUUGAUGGGACAGUGGUAAGGCAAGUUGGCAAAGUCCCGUAGGGUGCAGCUGAUUCCCAUACCCAACAAAUGGCAAACAAUUGGCAGCGGCAGGUCAAGAGUGCGCGGCUGGUCGAACGCCGGACAAGUUGCUGGCUGGCUGGAAGUUUGCUGAUGCGCAUUUCCUCACGCUUCGGGCACCCGGCCAGGUGAUAGCACACACAGACACACCGCAACGUCACACUCGCGAUGCAGAGCCGCAGCGCACCUGCAGGAAGAUGACCGCUUGUACGGUACGGUGUACGGUGUAUGGUGAAUUGCCGGGAAGGCAAAUUCUUGACCAGACCCUGGUGAUGACUCGACUCGACCGGCCCGUGUCGGGCGUGGAACAGGGUUGCACAGUACGAAGAACACAUAAUCGCGUAUAAGUACGCACUACGUACUAGUAAGCUGUUCUUGUAGGGUAGUACGUGAGAAUAUACGCUGUUGCCAGGAACAAGUUUGGACAUCCUUGCGCGUCCCAAACGAUUCUGAGCCGGGAGCGUCUGCAAGCAUAAGACCACCAUCUCCAUCAAGAAGUGGCGCCUGAAGGAGGUCAUUGACCUGUGCGACAGCGACUGAGGGUGGGCAGGUGGUGCAGAGUGGGACUGCGUUGCAUUUGCGCUCAAACAACUCAUACGCGGCCAUAUUGAUGCCACCGGCGGGUGUCAUAAGCGUUAUUGCUACACGAGAAUGCGAGGCCAUGGCAUACGGCAUGACAGGGGUGCUUAAUGCUGGGAAGUUGGGGGGAAUGACUGCAUGGGGCCAUGGGCCAUACCGUAAUAGGGCGGUGGGGCUAAGCGGAGGCCGGUGCAGGCGGUUUCGUUUGCGUUGAUGCAUGAUGAAUCUGUAUCUGUUGUAGUA